GGAUCAUGUUGCUGAACAGAGAUUUGCUGGUGCGACACAGGCCGGCGCAGCGGGGAACACUAUGAUGUUCCCCGUGAGAAAAACCUCAAGAGCAGCCAGUGUUAUCGACGCGGAAGUGAUCCAGAAAUACAUCGACGUCAUUGACAACAAGGUGAUCAUUUCCCUCCUGGAGCCGGAGUACUUUGUCUCUUUGGUCUGGUCCAUGGCCCAGUUCGCGAAGUGUCAGAAGAUCAAGAAUGGCGAUUCUUUUGCUACUCCUGUAUCCUCCUCCUCCUCUUCCACGUCCAGCACCAUUGUCCUCCCGCCGCGCCUGGUCGACGAGAUUCUCUCGCUCGCCCCAAAAUUGCUCUACACGACGAGUUAUCAAAUGCAAAAAUGUCUGGGUCUGGAAUGUUGCCGGGUUUGUCAUGCAUAUUUUGCAUGGCCCAGGAUGUCUGUAAUGCACGACCUAGCAUCACAGAUUUUUAGAGGGCUUCCUGGUGGCUACUCUGCAUGACAAAUGCCCUGCCCCCGUUGUACAAACUAGACUCCUCUUGCUGGUCAUGCAAUACAGAUUUCUUUUUUUUUUAGAGUCCAAAGUUAGCAUCACAAGUUUCAACCUUCCAGACCCAGACACUUUUACAUUUGAUACGAGUUCCGGCGGCGAGUCGAACAUUUUCGAUGGCAAGGCGAAUCACCUCCCGAUCCUCUUUGAGGGUCUGGUGGAGUUGGUGGGCCCGGAGAUGGCCAGGAGCGAGGUGAAGCGGGAGGAACAGGCCAUGCAAAUGCGGAAAGAACAGGAUCUGGAAAGGGAGCGGGU